AUGACAUCAAGUUCACCGCCCGGUGGCACCGCCCGAAACUGCCACCCCAGACUUGCCCCUUAUCUAUCGUUGUUUAUCUUCAUCUCCACCCGUGGGUCGUGGCCUCCUCCGCAUUUCCUUGAGAGCAUUCGUGUCGACUCGUUGCCCAAGAUGGGGAGCCCGUCAUCACGAGUCGUCUUGAGAUUCAACGGACAAUUAUCACGCCAUGUGUCCAGGAGGGUACCUACGCGCAGGUUCUCGGCUGUCGCUCUAGACACUGAUCCUCCGAUGGAAGACCCAUCACCUUCGCAAUUACUCCGAUAUACUCUCACAAGUUCAAAUCCUCUCAGCACUGAGACCAAAAAUGAUUCUCUCUUGAGAGAACGGGUUCUGUCUCUCAUUGAUGCGCCGUGGGUGUCAGGCAAUCCACCGCCGGCCUUGUGGUGUGCCCUCAAGGGAGUUCACCCCACAACUCGAAAAGAAGAAGCAAAGCGUCUUCAUUCGGUCAAUGACAUAUCAGCUCUCAGAUCUAUUGUUGAGAGACUAGUUGUUGACAAACAAGGUGCGCGGUUACUUAACCAUUACCUUUUCGAGACUGGGGUUUUGCAACGUUGUGAAGUGAACAACACAUACUCGGAGCUUGUGUCAGCACUCAGCGACAUCGUCACACGACUCAACCGACUCGAGCUGCCACGAAUGGGCAAUGAUAGGGGGCUUGAAUAUGCUGCGCUAGAUCUUUCAAUGCCUGCUUUCCAGCACUUUUUGCAUAACCGCCAGGAAUUCAAUGGCCCCGCACUGAGCUUUUCAAACGGUGGGUCUGUUAUCAAUUCGCUAUUCGAAUCAAUCGAGUCUGCGCUCUUUGAAAGACCAAAAUACGAUACGAGUUACCUUCUUGCCAGUCUCACUGGUGAGGGAGAACAGGCCCCUCGAGAUCGACCUACACUGCACGAUGUCCUACAUGAGUCUCCGGAUAAAGACAGGCAAAACUGGACCACAUACCUCUGCGUCCUUGCACGGCUCCACAGUCGGGAUGCCCUGAUCAACUCGUGGAAACAGUACAUGGCUGAAUUUGACGGAAGUCAAGACGCAUGUCACUUGGCCUACGAUGUUAUUCUAGCUCUGGUUCGAUCUAGACGGUCUGACGAAGCCGCAGUGCUUUUGGAAUAUAUCUCCCAGCGCUGCCAGGAUAACUUGCCACAUAUUGCGACGCUACGGAAUGUGGAGGUUCUUCUCGAUGACCCUGUUGUCAGUGAGGCUCUUCCAGAUCUGGCCAAGGGUCGCCACUAUGAAGAGCUUCUUGAAUCACGUCUCGUGGAUAUGGAAUCGAGGCUAGGCCUUCGAUGGGAAGAGGUCCAAUGGCAAGCCAAAAGCAAAGCCCACGUUGGGGUUACGCCAGACUCGCCAUGGACAGUUUUCAAAGACCAACCUUUGUUCACCAUUUACGGCACUUGCGCUGGCUAUGAGGACCCAGUACGACUCUGGUCUGAAAUCCGAGCUCGCGGUUGCUCCAAAUCUCGAAAAGACCUCCGGCGGAUCGUUGAUGUCCUGAAUGAGCAGGACGGCAACCCUCAAAGAGUGGCCGUCGCGCCUAUUGGGCAGGAUAUGCAAGAGUUUUUCCAAUCCCACUUUUCAUCCAUCGAGUUCCAAUGGAACCCCGAACAUUCGCCCCUCGAAUUCUCUGACAGUCCUCUCCCAGCCCUGACAGACCGUACAGAGAAAUGCACGCCCACCACGCUAGGCUUACUCCGGGCUCGCGUUACGAUCAACGGUGUGCCCCAGGAUACCAACAAAUGUCUGCAUCUAAUACAGCUGGGAACCCUGGACCUUCGCUUCGGAGCGGAGGACUCAUGGCUUCAGUCAGGGUACAUUGUAGCCUGGGACAGACAAUAUGGCGAGAUGAUCGCCUUGUACGUGGGGGCAGGCUACGGGGUCAUUGACCGUGGCUCGACAUUAACAGACGCCCCUUUUGGAGCUAUCAUGCACAUCCGGCCGGCACAGGUGCCCAGCGAAGAGCAUUGGCCUACUGAUCGACAUUCUCGGAUUCCCGCGAGAUCGUACUACCUCGACCUCGAUCCGAGUUCCGAUCUAGGAUUUCGCUAG